GCUUUUUCGAUAGUAUGACUGCACGACUGCACGAGGUGAAUAUUACAAACUAAAAGUGUAUUACAAAACUAUAUUAUUUUCUUUGACCUUACUACUUUUUAGUUUCUAUUUGUAUUAUGAUAUAACAACUGUUAGUUAUUCAAACUUUUUAAACAUUUUGAUAUAUUGAGUUUUAAAAUUUUUCACCAUGAAAAUCGAAGAAGUAAAAAGUACUGUAAAAACCCAACGUAUAUCAAGCCACAGCCAUGUAAAAGGAUUGGGGCUUGAUGAUUGCGGCGAAGCUAUUCAAAUGGCUUCUGGAUUAGUAGGACAAGAAGAUGCUAGACAGGCUGCAGGUAUUGUUGUGGAUAUGAUAAGGACAAGGAAAAUGUCUGGCCGUGCUGUUUUAGUUGCUGGACCUCCAGGUACAGGCAAGACUGCUAUUGCUCUUGCAAUUGCUCAUGAACUUGGAAAUAAAGUUCCAUUUUGUCCAAUGGUGGGAUCUGAAGUAUAUAGUUCUGAGAUUAAAAAGACAGAAGUAUUGAUGGAAAACUUCCGUCGUGCUAUUGGUCUUCGUAUUAAAGAAACAAAAGAAGUAUAUGAAGGAGAAGUAACUGAAAUGACACCAGUUGAAACUGAUUCUACUGCAGGAGGUUAUUCUAAGACCGUAUCACAUGUUAUUGUUGGAUUAAAGACAGCCAAAGGUACAAAACAAUUAAAACUAGAUCCUACAAUUUAUGAAUCCUUACAAAAAGAAAAGGUCGAAACUGGUGAUGUUAUUUAUAUUGAAGCUAAUAGUGGAGCAGUUAAACGUCAAGGAAGAAGUGAUAGUUACGCUACAGAAUAUGAUUUAGAGGCAGAAGAAUAUGUACCUUUACCAAAAGGUGAAGUUCAUAAAAAAAAGGAAGUUAUUCAAGAUGUGACAUUACAUGACUUAGAUGUUGCUAAUGCUCAACCAAAAGGUGGCCAAGAUAUACUUUCAAUGAUGGGUCAAUUAAUGAAGUCUAAAAAGACAGAAAUUACUGAUAAACUAAGAAAGGAAAUUAAUAAAGUGGUCAAUAAAUAUAUUGAUCAGGGUAUUGCUGAAUUGGUCCCAGGAGUUUUAUUUAUAGAUGAAGUUCACAUGCUUGAUUUGGAAACAUUCACAUACUUGCAUAAAGCACUAGAAAGUACUAUUGCUCCUAUUGUUAUUUUUGCUACCAAUAGAGGUCACUGUACUGUCAGGGGAACAGAUGAUAUUGUUGCUCCUCAUGGAAUUCCUAUGGAUUUACUUGAUAGAUUAUUAAUAAUUAGAACUCUUCCAUAUAAUCGGGAAGAAAUGGAAAGUAUACUUAAACUUAGAGCUCAAACUGAAGGCCACUCGAUUGAACCUGAUGCAUUACAUUAUCUUGCCGAAGUUGGAACUUCUACUACUCUACGGUAUGCUAUUCAAUUAUUGACUCCAUCAUCCCAAAAUGCCAAGAUGAAUGGUCAUGGUUCAAUAUUAAAAAAAGAUAUAGAAGAAACUACAUCAUUAUUCAUGCAUGCUAAAGAAUCAUGUAAAAUACUAAAAAAAUGUGCUGAUAAAUUUAUGAAAUAAUUUGUAACUUAAAUUUAUAUACUAAUA